AUGAAGACCCUCCUGCUGCUGGCAGUGAUCAUGGCCAUCGGCCUGCUGCAGGUCCAUGGAAGUUUGGCAGAUUUCCGGAAAAUGAUCAAGUUCGCGACAGGAAAGGAACCUGCGACCAGUUAUAGCUUCUACGGCUGCUACUGUGGAAUGCGUGGCAGAGGAACCCCCAAGGACGCAACAGAUCGGUGUUGCAGGGCACAUGAGUGCUGCUACAAAAACCUGGAGAGCCGCGGGUGUCGCACCAAGUUCCUGAAAUACAACGCCACUUACCAAGAGGACCAAAUCAUCUGCGAGGAUACGGAUGACUGUAAGAGUCAAGUGUGUCAAUGUGAUAAAAUAGCUGCCAGUUGCUUUGCAACAAACCUGAAGACCUACAAUAAGAAGCUGCGUUUCUACAGCAAGCUUCGGUGCCGAGGGCCCACCCCCCAGUGCUGA